AUGUCCAGUGCUGAUGAAUUGAAAGCUUUAGGCAACAAAGCAUUUUCUGCAAAAAAAUUCGACGAGGCAAUUGAUUACUUUACUCAAGCAAUCGCUGCUUCUUCUACCCCAAAUCACGUCCUAUUUUCAAAUCGUUCGGCUUGUUUCACCUCUUUACACAAAUAUGAUAAGGCCUUGGAAGACGCUGAAAAAUGUGUCGAAAUCAACAAGACCUGGGCCAAAGGCUACAAUAGAAUUGCUGCUGCUCAUUUUGGUUUGGACAACUUGGACGAAGCUGAAAACGCCUUUAAAAGUGCCUUGAAUCUAGAUCCAAAUAACGCAAUGGCAAAACAAGGUCUAAAGCAAAUCGAAACAAGGUUGACUGAAAAGAACUCUGCCCCGGAUUUAGGCUUUGCCGACAAAUUCAAUGAUCCAAAUUUAAUUGAAAAUUUGAAAAAAAAUCCCAAAACUAAAGAAUUAAUGAAAGACCCUGCUAUUCUUGAAAAGAUUUUAAAAUUCAAACAAAAUCCUCAAGAAAUGGCCACUCAAUUAUUAUCAGACCCAAAACUAAUGACCAUCUUUGGCGCAAUAUUAGGUAUUAACCUUGACAUGCCUGAUUUAUCAAACUUAUCCCCUGAAGCAAACCCCUCGGCUCCACCCCCCGAACCUGCUACAAAGGGACCAGAAGCUAUUCCAAAGGAAGAUCAAGAUCCUGAAAUCUCAAUACCUGAUGACAUUGAAAUGAAAAAUCCUGAAGAAAAAUCCAAAAGUGUUCCACCCCCAGUUUCUGAACCUCAACCGGAACCAGAACCAGAAAAAAUCAUUGAAGAACCACAAGAAGACUUAGCUGCUAAAGCUGAUGCCGAAAAACAAUUGGGUAACACUUUGUAUAAACAACGUAAAUUCGACGAAGCUAUCACUCACUAUGAUGCUGCUUGGGAACUUAAAAAUGAUAUUACUUACUUGAACAAUCGUGCUGCUGCGGAAUUUGAGAAAAAAGAAUACGAAACUUGUAUCAAAACUUGUGAAUAUGCCGUUGAGCAAGGAAGAGAAUUAAGAGCUGACUAUAAAAUCGUUGCCAAAUCCUUUGCUAGAAUCGGUAACGCUUAUGUAAAGCUUAAUGAUCUUGAAAAAGCUCGUUACUUUUUUGAUAAAUCAUUAACCGAACACAGAACUCCUCUUGUUUUAAACAAAUUAAGAUCCGUCGAAAAACAAAUUAAAAUACAAGAAGCUGAAGCUUAUGUCAAUCCUGAAAAGGCUGAGGAAGCAAGACUAUUAGGUAAAGACUACUUUACAAAAUCAGAUUGGCCAAAAGCCGUUGAAGCUUACACAGAAAUGAUCAAAAGAGCUCCAGAUGAUGCCAGAGGUUACUCAAACAGAGCUGCUGCCUUGGCUAAAUUAAUGUCUUUCCCUGAAGCCGUCAAAGAUUGUAACUUGGCAAUUCAAAAAGAUCCAAAUUUCGUUAGAGCUUACAUUAGAAAAGCAAAUGCCCAAUUAGCAAUGAAAGAAUAUACUGGCUGUCUUGAUACUUUAGAAGUCGCUAAAGAAAAGGAUUCUCAAAUUAAUGCCGGAAAAUCAAGCUACGAAAUUGAUCAAUUAUUCCAAAAAGCAAUGUCUCAAAGAUUCGCCGCCGUCGAAGGUGAAACUCCUGAGCAAACUAUGGAAAGAGUUAGCAGAGACCCUGAAGUCACUACUAUAUUGCAAGAUCCCGUAAUGCAAAGUAUUUUAUCUCAAGCUAGAGACAACCCAGCUGCUCUUCAAGAUCAUAUGAAAAACCCCCAAAUAUACAAAAAAAUCAUGACUUUGAUUUCUGCUGGUGUUAUUCGUACAAGAUGA